GAGUACUCAAAUUAGCCUAUCAGCUUUUUAUACUCGCAAUUGCAAUUUCACGCGCCCCUCUUUCUCCUCUUUUCAUCCAUUUCUCAAAUUCCCCUAACUUCUCUCUCUCACAUCGGUUUUCUCUUCUUCUCUCUCUAAAUUUCAGUUUCCCUUAGUUUCUUCUUUCUUCUCUCUUUCUCCAUACGGAGAAUCCAUAUAUAGACAAAAAAAAAAUGUCGUCGCCCGGAACUUUUGGUAGCGGUGGAGGAGGAGGCGGUGCCACCGGCAAUCAACCGCAGAAUUAUCACUGCUACCAAUGUGAACAGACAGUUACCAUUACGCCAUCGCCAAACUCCGAACUCACAUGCCCUAAUUGCAACGGUACGUUUCUAGAAGAAUCCGAAACCGCUCCGCCACCUUCUAACCCUAAUAAUCCCGAUAAUUUUCCCUUCUUCUCCGCCGCCACUACGGAUGACCUCCCCUUCGGCGGCGGUGGCUUUCCGAUUGUUUUCUCCUCCAGUGCCGCUUCCCCUGCCGGCGGUGCCGUUGCUUUCGAUGAUCUCUCCGCGCUAUUGAGCGGUAUCGCUGGUGGUGCCGGCGGUGCCGCCUUCCCCAGUCGAUCCCCCAAUCAAUUCGAUCCUUUCGCUUUCCUCAACAACUAUAUGAGUACUAUGAGGGCCGGUGGUGCUAAUAUUCAGUUAGUCUUCGAGAACCAUCCUGGCGGUGGCGGUGGUGGUGAGUUCAGUUUUCCGGGGAAUUUCGGUGACUAUUUCCAUGGGCCUGGGCUGGAGCAAUUGAUCCAACAGCUUGCGGAGAAUGAUCCAAACCGUUACGGUGCACCUCCAGCUGCGAAAUCGGCUGUUGCUGGACUUCCGGAUAUUAAGAUCACAGUGGAGUUGUUGGGUUCGGAUUCAUCUCAAUGUGCUGUUUGUAAAGAUACUUUUGAACUCGGUGAGGAUGCAAAGCAGAUGCCUUGCAAACAUAUAUACCACAAGGACUGUAUAUUGCCAUGGCUGGAGUUGCAUAAUUCUUGCCCUGUUUGUCGCUAUGAAUUGCCCACCGAUGAUCCUGAUUACGAGAAUAGGAGAACAUCACAACAGCAGAAUUCAAAUUCGAAUGCCAAUAAUAGUAACAAUAACAAUACAAACAACAACAAUAAUACUGGUUGGAUAUUUGGGGGUUCAGAAGGUGGUGGGAGGAAUCAGGAGAAUUCUCAGACACCUAGGACAGUUGAGGGCAGGCUUAGGAUACCAUUACAAUGGCUUUUCAGGGGACUUGGAUCACCUGCUGAGACGAGCAAUAGUGGAGGAGCGAGCGGCAAUGAUACUAACAAUAGAAACAACGACAACAACCGUACGAGCAACAAUUCUCGUGGUGGGGAGUCAAAUCCAGGUUCUGGAGGGCAAGCGCGGCAGGAGGAUCUCGAUUAAUUAAAGUAUGGAACAGAGUUAUGAGGAUUGAAGAGAUGAGUCCCCUUCUCAAAAAGCAGGAGCGCAGGGAGAGAGGGGAGGUUUGGCGAAAAUGCAAGUUUAAAUCGUCACUUUCCACAUCUCUUCUGCAGUUACUGAUUUCAUUAAGUUUUCUACAUGACUAUAUAUGGGAGUGUUUGCAUGUUCUGCGUUGUGAAUCAGUAAUGUGUAUCAUUGUAGUUCCUGACUGAGGUUACUUAGGUGACAGUCGUUUAUGUUGUCCUUAUCCUGUUUCAAAUUUGUGCUGAGGAGGCUAUUUAGCAGUCAUGUCAAUAUUUUGUUGUUAUGCAGUAUCAUGCCUUUCCUGAUGGAGCAUGAUUAGCUUAUGGUUGAAUUUAACUAAAAUUUGCUCCAAUAUCCAAACAGAUUUUCAGAAGUUAUGAUAUUCAUUUUUGGCUGUA